AUGAUCUUGAGAACGAGCUGCGGCUUCGGUCGCUGGGCCGCCGCGACGAUUUGCCUCAUUUCGCAGCUCGAUUCGCGUGUAAGCGCCGCGUACAAAAUCGACACCGUAGACGGCAUCAAGGAGACGGCUCGCUCCAUGGCCGCCGACCUGAGGAGCCAUUACCACGGCGAUGAAUACGGCCAGGUCCCCGGCAUUCUGCCCGGGCCCCCUUCGGAGAACAAAGGCCCAUACUACUGGUGGCAGGGCGGCGCCUUGAUGGGCACCUUUAUCGACUAUUGGCACCUCACCGGCGACACGACAUACAACGACCUCGUCAUGCAGGGUAUGCUUCACCAGGUGGGAGGCUCGGCCGACUACAUGACGGAGAACUACUCCCUCUCGCUGGGGAAUGAUGACCAGGCUUUCUGGGGAAUGAGCGCCCUCCUCGCAGCCGAGACGCGUUUCCCGAAUCCCCCGGCCGAUAAGCCGCAAUGGCUCGCGCUGGCCCAGUCCGUCUGGGCGACUCAGGCGGAUCCGAGUAGACAUGAUGAGUUAUGCGGAGGAGGUUUACACUGGCAAAUCCCCCCAACCAACAAGGGAUAUGACUACAAAAAUACCAUCUCAAACGGUUGCUUCUUCAACAUGGGCGCCCGCCUGGCGCGGUACACGAACAACGAUACGUAUGCCAAAUACGCCGAGGCUUCUUGGGACUGGAUCUGGGAAGUGAAAUACAUCGACCACGAGUCCUGGCUGGUGUAUGAUGGCGGCUAUGGAGCUACCAACUGUUCAAUCCUUACCAGAGCCACGUAUUCUUACAACGCCGCCAUCCUUCUACAAGGCGCGGCGUUUAUGUACAAUUAUACCAACGGCGAUGAGAAGUGGAAAUCCCGCAUCGACAAGUUACUCGCAGCCUCACUGAAGAACUUCUUCCCCAAGGGCGUGGCAUACGAGCCCAACUGCGAGAUGAAGCAGGGCCAGUGCACGGCCGAUAUGCUCUCCUUCAAAGGCUACGUCCAUCGCUGGCUGUCCGUCGUCACACAGGUCGCGCCCUUCACGCGCGAGACGAUUUUGCCCGUCUUGAAAAACUCCACAGAGGCGGCUGUUGCCCAGUGUACGGGCGGGAGCAGCGGGAGAGUGUGCGGCUUUUACUGGUCCUCGGGAAAGUAUUACGAUCCCGAGGUCGAUCACACGAGCGGCGCUGGGGAGGCCAUGAGUGCGCUGGCGGCAGUGUCGAGCUUGUUGAUUGAUGGUAGUAGUCCGCCGGUGACUAAUGCGACGGGUGGCAUCUCCAAGGGCAAUGAUGGGAGUGGUCAUGCUAAUAAUGGCGAGAAGAAGCUUCCGGAUAUUAGCACAGGUGACCGGGCGGGCGCGUGGAUUCUGACGGUUCUGUGUUUUGGACUGUUUGUUGCUGGAUUCGUGUGGGUUUCUAUGGCGGACUAG